AUGUUGAAACUUAUAUCAUUUCUCGCAAUACUGUUCGCAUUUCUGGAUCUAACCUUCGGUCAGUGGAGAUGCAAUGUAUGCUUUAGCACGGGCAUAGCUUGCGUGGACAGUCGAUCCUAUAUUUAUUGCGGGGACUCAGUUACCGACACUGAUACACACAGCUGUCCUGACGACACUGUCUGCACGGGCACGGAUGAGAUAUGUGUGUCCCCCAGUGAGUCUGUAAGUGCUGCUUGCGAUGGGAACAGUUGUGGCGAUUGCCUUUUAACUGAUAGACGUUAUGCCUGUUUGAGUGAAUUUGAAUAUGGAUUUUGUUACAAUGAAACUACCGUUUUCGAGAAUAGCAUUUCUACAUGUCCUGAUGGCUACUAUUGCACAUUGGAGAACUAUGUCUAUUGCGCCCCCAUGGAAUCGUCAACUCCUUCUUGCGAGCCUUCGACGACAACAAUAGAACCGACAACGAGCUCUACAGACUCAUUAUCUAGCACCACAGACACGAAUACUUCACCCCAACAAUCUACGACAGAUUUUUCUACAUCAGAUUCCACAUGGAAAACUUCAACGACAAAUGCCCCACAGGACUCUUCCACCACAGAAUCUUCAACUUCAGAUUCCACGAACGAUUCUUCUACAUUGCAAUCUUCUACUACAGAUUCUUCAAACGAGUCUUCCAGCUCUACAGAUUCAUCAAAUGAUUCUUCCACCUCAGAAUCUACAACGACGGAUUCGUCUUACGAUUCUUCUACCACAGAUUCUUCAAAUGACUCUUCCAGCUCUACAGGUUCAUCAUCCACCACAAACGCAUCAGAUGACACUUCCACGCCAUUGUCUACGGAAUCAACGAUAACGACGACAGAUUCAUCAAAUGAUUCUUCCAGCACAGAUUCGCCUUACGAUUCUUCUACUACAGAUUCUUCAAAUGACUCUUCCAGCUCUACAGAUACAUCUUCCACCACAAACGCAUCAGAUGACACUUCCACGCCAUUGUCUACGGAAUCAACGAUAACGACGACAGAUUCAUCAAAUGAUUCUUCCAGCACAGAUUCGCCUUACGAUUCUUCUACUACAGAUUCUUCAAAUGACUCUUCCAGCUCUACAGAUACAUCUUCCACCACAAACGCAUCAGAUGACACUUCCACGCCAUUGUCUACGGAAUCAACGAUAACGACGACAGAUUCAUCAAAUGAUUCUUCCAGCACAGAUUCGCCUUACGAUUCUUCUACUACAGAUUCAUCAAAUGAUUCUUCCAGCUCUACAGAUUCAUCUUCUACCACAAACGCUUCAGAUGAUACUACAGAAUCAACAAUAUCAUCUACGGAUUCUUCAACAAGCGAAUCUACAACAACGGAUUUUUCAACCGAGUCUUCCACUUCUACAGAUUCACCAGCGGAAUCAUCUACUAUAAGUUCAUCAACUGAUUCCUCCACUAAAGAUUCAACAGAAUCAACAAUAUCUUCAACAGAUUCAUCAACUGAUUCGUCCACGUCAGACUCUACAACGACGGAGUCGUCCAAUAUUUCUUCCACAACUCCUGUAGAUUCAUCCUCUACUUCAUCAACAGAUACUUCCACACAAAAAACCACAGAAUUUACAAUAUCCACGACAGAUUCUGUAAAUGACACUUCCACAACAUCAUUCCCACGUACAACUACAGCUUCUAGUUCAACAACAGAAGCAUUUAACCCCGAUUCCUAUUGCGCCGGUUUGAAACAGAAGGGAUAUUUCCGCGUUGAGACUGAUACAACAUGCCAAGACUACGUCUACUGUUAUAAGCUGUCCACUGAUUAUCUGGGAUGGCUAUAUCAUUGCAAUACGAAUUUGUACUACAAUUCCCAGACGGCUCUGUGCCAAUCUGAAAGACCUGAUGAUUGCUAAGAUGAAACACAUGUUUCGAUCAGUACAAAAUACAAUAAAAUACAA